AUGGCGCAAGCCGCCCCCGUCGACAUUGCCAAUGGCAAUGGUAUCGCGCUCGGCAGCGCUUCGCCCAAGAAGGUUGCCUACUUUUACGACUCGGACAUUGGAAAUUUCGCCUACGUUGCCGGUCAUCCCAUGAAGCCACACAGAAUACGUCUCGCCCACAGUUUGAUCAUGAACUAUGGCGUCUACAAGAAGAUGGAAAUCUACCGAGCCAAGCCUGCCACACGGCUCGAAAUGACCCAGUUCCACACGGACGAAUACAUUGAUUUCCUGCAAAAGGUCAGCCCCGAGAACAUGGAGAGUUAUCAACGCGAGCAGUCAAAGUUCAACGUCGGAGACGAUUGUCCCGUUUUCGAUGGCCUCUUUGAGUUUUGCGGCAUCAGUGCAGGAGGCAGCAUGGAGGGCGCAGCCCGACUCAACCGCCAAAAGUGUGACAUUGCUGUCAACUGGGCAGGAGGUCUUCAUCACGCCAAGAAGAGCGAGGCUAGUGGUUUCUGCUACGUGAAUGACAUUGUGCUGGGUAUUCUUGAACUCCUGCGUUUCAACAAGCGCGUCCUAUACAUCGACAUCGACGUCCACCAUGGAGACGGUGUGGAGGAGGCCUUUUACACGACCGAUCGAGUCAUGACCGUUUCUUUCCACAAGUACGGCGAGUACUUUCCUGGAACCGGUGAACUGCGCGACAUUGGUAUCGGCCAAGGCAAAUACUAUGCUGUCAAUUUCCCCCUUCGAGACGGCAUCGAUGACUCCACAUACAAGUCUGUCUUUGAGCCCGUCAUUGCUUCUGUCAUGGAAUUCUACUCGCCUGACGCCGUGGUCCUGCAAUGCGGCGGUGACAGCUUGUCUGGAGACCGUCUCGGCUGCUUCAACCUGAGUAUGGAGGGUCACGCAAACUGCGUCAAGUUUGUCAAGAGCUUCAACCUUCCCACCCUGGUCCUCGGAGGAGGUGGCUACACGAUGCGCAACGUUGCCCGCACUUGGGCCUUCGAGACCGGAUUGUUAGUCGAUGCCAACAUGCCCAAGACUCUACCCUUUAAUGAAUAUUACGAGUACUAUGGACCGGAUUACGAACUGGCAGUCCGUGCAUCCAACAUGGAAAAUGCCAACAGCCCUGAAUACCUCGAAAAAAUCAAGAACCAGCUCAUUGAGAAUCUGAAGAGAACAGCUCAUGUGCCUUCUGUGCAGAUGCAGGAUGUGCCCCCUGACUUUCCUCAGACCAUGACAGAAGAGGAGGAAGCUGAGUUGGAAGAUCUUGACGAAGACGAGAACAAGGAUGUCCGCAUGACACAGCGGCAAUGGGAGAAUCAGAGGGAGCGUGAGAACGAGUAUGAAGAGAGUGAUAAUGAGGAGCUCGACAGAGCCAAUGGCGUGCAUCCCCAGAACGGAAGCGCUGCCGGACAAAAGCGACAAUUCACCGACUAUCAAAAAUCCGACCUGGACGACGAAAGCGCUGCCCCGACUCCGACAAACGGCAACACUGCCGACACUGUCAUCAAGUCCAAGGAGCUCGAUGAGGUUAUGGAGGAUGCCCAGCCUGAAAAAGAGGCCGAGCCGGAAGGCAUUGCAGCCCAGGAGGAACAGUUGAAGAAUGCUCAAGUCGCCGCGAGCAAUGCCGAUGGAGAUGGCGACGUUGAUAUGGAAACCGAGGAAGCCCCCAAGGCCCCAGAGAAAACCGACGUUAAGGAAGAGGAGGCUGGCUCGCCAAAGCCUGAUGCGCCUGCUGAAAGCCCCAAGGCCGCCGAAUCAAAGGCCCCCGAGGCGGCCAUGACUGCUGAAACGACAACUACUGAAAAGGAGCCUACCGAGCCAGCCACAGAGGACAAGCCCGCCGAGCCUGCAAGCGAUGCUCAGGAAGCCAAGGCUCCGGAGGCACCAGAGGACGCAAUGGAUGUCGACGAGCCAAAGACCGAGGUAAAGCCUGCCGAGGACAAUGAAGCGCCCAAGCCUGCCGAGCCUGAGGAACCCAGCUCCAAGCCUGCAGACGAGAGCAAAGAGAAGACAGGCGAUGAGGAAAAGGAUAAGGCGACCGAGUAA